GGCAGAGUCAGUCGGUGCUCAGCUCGACUGGUGGUGCCUCGCGUUCGGUGCUCGACGAAAAGUGCUCCCUCGAGGGAGGAUCACAUGUUAGUGGUGAAACGCCGAUCCGGCCAUUCUUUUGGAUACUUUUAAGGCAGCUCUUCUAAGGAGGCAACAAUGGUGUCGGCGGCACAGCAACCUUUACGAGAAACGACGACAAUAAGUCCCAACGUGACCACUCCACGAAACCAUGUCGACCUCGACUAACAACACCAAUAUGAAAGCGUGUUUCUCGCUGUCUUCCCUUCACCCGGACCACCCUUCAGGACACAACACCAGUCCUAGCCCAGCACAAAGAGUGGACAACCCACGACUCUACAACAGCCUCACCAAAAGACCAAAGAGGCAAUGGCCUGAAAAUGUCGGAUUUGACAGUCCAGUUGGCUCAAAGGACGAGUUCUGGGCGGCCAUCCAGCCCAACUACAACUACCUGAUGGGUCGUCAGCUCAUUGAUUCUUGUUGUCAGGAGCUGCUUGCUAACAAUAGCCAGCAUUCUCCAAUGGAUGUCACAGCAGAGUCGUCUUCCAGUGAGUUUAGCAGUCUUCAGCCCAUUGCAGCUUCCAGCCCUAUCUCCGACGUAGAGACUGAGCUUGGAGGCAUCAAGCAGUGGCUGAACGAGGCCGAGGAAAAACUUGGGCCUGGCGUGACUGAAUGCAGAAGCGUUCUUGGCAAACAGACCUUGCCCCCGGGCACUCCAUUCGCCCUGAGAAAAGAUGCCAAAAUGCUUGAACACAAGGCGCUUCAGGUGGACAUCGAGAGCCACGGCAAGACCCUGAGUGGCCUUUUGCGUUUGUGCCAGCAGCCGUCGUCGAUCGGAGCGUCCGGAGACUGCAGCGGUUCCACGAGUCGAGCGCGCGCCCUCAAAUUAGCCCAACGCUUGGAGAAGCGCUGGCAAAUCCUGUACUUGAAGAACUUGGAGUGGAUUCUGCACUUGGAGAAGAGCGGCGCUGAUACACCAAGCAGCGAAGCGGCGACUGACUCUGACGAGGAUGAGCCUGGCGUGACUCCUGCGCGCAAGAAGCGACUCCUCGAAGUGAUGAGUCCCGACGUGUGCACCAAAGGCGAGCAGCUGCUCGACCUGGAGUCGCAGAUGCGAUUCACCCAGUCGGGCAAGAGCUCCGUGACCAACAGCGCCGUUUACUACUACAAGCACUCGACCACCGAGUACUCGUCCGAGGAGGACGACGACGACACCGGCUGGACGUUCCGUCCGCCGCGGCCGCAGCCGUCCAAGCACGGCCGCCAUUCCUCCUCCUCGUCCGUGUCCUCCUCGCAGCCGCUGUCCGAGCGCAGCGCCACCACCUCCUCCACAUCCUCAUCCUCGUCCUCCGAAGACCUCAACACCUCUGUGGCCACCUGCAUCGGCAACGUGGUCAUGCGGCCCAAACGCAGCCCCCAGCGCGUCAAACGCCGGCCCGUCAGUCUGCCAUUCUCGCUCAUGUCACCCGAGGCGGCCACCACGCCGACGGCCGCUGCCGGAAAAACGUGCAGCGAGACCAACCUGGCCGUCUUUGCCAGGAGGAAGAGAACCAUGCGGCGCUCAAAGCGGAGGCUCCUCAUGGCUUCGCAGUCCAGUGAGUCCGAGGACAGAUCAGCGGUUGUGAGAUCCUCAUCCUUCUCAGGCACUAUCUACAAGUCGCCGUCGCCCAGGCCCGACGGCUGCCAUAGCGACCCAAGCAGCUGUCUCCGUCUGCGUCGCACCAGCGGCCGAUUGGCUGCCGUCGCCCCAAUACCUGUGGCCGAGGAGAGUGGCGAACCCUCGUGGGACAACUACCAGGAGCGCUACAACUCGGAGGCCUACAGUGAGGACCCACUGGACGCAGAGGCUGCUCGUCGUCUGCUCGAAUUCGGCGACGACUACAGCAGAUACCUUCGCAGCAACAGCCCUGUCCGACGGGAAACUGUUGGUCAGGACAGUGAUUCUGAGGUUGAAGAACUGCGCUACGUGCUCAAACUGUCCCAAGAAUCGCUAGCCUUCACCUCGCAGCGCCUGCAAUUGGCCACCGACCGCUUUGACGCCGUCGUCUCUGAAGCCCUUGGGCCGGAGAGCAUUGUCAGCAUUGGCGAGUUGGCCGAAAUGGCCGCCACCUGCAGGGAGAGCCGCAAGUGCGUCGAGCUGGUCAUCUCAAGGAUUGAGCAGGAGGCCGCUGGUGUGGCUGACAUGCAGUUGAUCUACGAGUUGCUGGAGCAGUGGGAGGACCUCGAGUCCAAAACCCAGGAGCUGCAGAGGGCGUCAAGCCUGGCCAGAGACGUCGCAGCACUCAGGCAGUCGCUAGUGGUGGUCCAAGGGUCUCUCGGCCCGAGGGAAGAACACGACUCGAGGAGGCAGUCGCGUCUCGAGAGUCGGAUUUGCUUGCAGGGAAAACUGGAAGUCAUCAGAGAGCAAUUGGCCUCUUUGACAGGCGUGAAGUCCCAGCUGUCGGAGAUGAACUCGCUGAUCCAGCGCUUGGCCACUGAGGACAACGGUGCCAUCACCCAGCAGAUCAAAUCUGUCCUUCGAGGCCAGAUUGGCGAGCUGUUUGAGUUGUGGGAGUUGAACAACCAGCGGCUGAGCGUCGAGCUGGGUCGCACCCAGCAGCACUUGGCCGCCUGGCAAGAGUUGGACAGGCAGUUGUCCAUGCUGCGUGGUUGCCUGCUGCGCGACCGCGAGAAUCUGCUCACAAGACACAAGGACGACAGCGGCUCCCUUAGCGACUCCGGCAUCUCCGACGCCGGCUCUGACGUGCUAGAGGCCAGAGGUCAAGAGCUGAUGACCCUGAGGGCGCUCGCUGACCAGCUGCCCGCGCACACAAGGAAGGACAUUGUCCAGGAGCUUGAUGCUGCCGAGAAAGAGUUGGAGCAGCUUCGUCUGUACUCGAGCCAGAAGAAUUUGUCGUUGGCCGGCCUGAGCUGCGGCGCCGUCGUCGGUGCUGCCGGCGACGAUGACAAGGAGAAGCACUGGCCGCGCCACUGGCUGAAACUGGUGCCCCUGUGCGUGGUGACCCUGGUGGCCGUCGUGUGCUCGUUCCUGCAGCCGCCCAACUGCUGUGAGUAUGUCGACUCGUCGGGCAAGUACUGGGAGCUGCUCAAGCUGCAGCACGGUCCUCCGCCCGUCUGAACUCGGCCGCGCCGCCGCUUCUCUAACUCUCCAUCCAGUUACCAAUCAGAGUGUGUUUUUUUGUUUGUUUUGGGCUUCAGAGCGAACGCCGCGCGCUGCCCCCUGUCAGUCUGUCGCUAUGUGUACAGUACAAAUCGUUAGCGCCUAUUUUCAAUUCGGGGUAAGCGACCAAACGAGCUCCUUAUCAUUGUCCACUCAUUCGGCAGCAGGGUCUCUCUGUAUGUAGAACUAACCACUCUUUGCGCCUCACUCCUCUUUCUUUGACGCCUGUGCAUUUUGUUGACUUUUCACAGAGUUUAUAUAUAUAUAUAUUUAUAUCGAGUUUAUUCUUCCUGAUCUAUUAUUAUUAUAUAUUUAUAUACUUUGAUGUGAGCUGAUUUGCCUUUCAUUUGAAAUUUUUUUUUUUCAUCUUGGUGAUUUCUGAUUGGUUUUUUUAGAGGACAUGCCCGGACUAAAAUCGCAGCCCGUGAAAAUUGUUGUUCAACGUCGGAACACUGACUUUUGAAGGCUUGUGGAAAAUCUAUUCUGAAAAAAAUUGCAUGAAAUUUGCCGAUCAACUUCCCGCAUCUUGUGACGUUCUGUGAUAUUUAUAAAUUUACAAACGAUUUCCGGAGUGCUGGUUGCCUUUUUGUUUUGGCAUGUCCUUUAAAUGAGUAAUAUAUACUGAAGGUCAAAUUUUUUCUUUCUUUUCGGGACCGAGUUUUCGCCAGGAAUUAAAACUGGAGCAUCCGCAGGAAAGGCCGUCGGCUUCUCCGGCGACGCACUAUUCCAGGCCUGUUUUGGCACAAAAAAUAUAUGCAACGUGGGGAGUAGCAAUUUCCAAACACUGAGCAAUCGUACUGAUUUUUCUAUUCAGAUGACUAUACUUUUAUAGUAAAAUGCACACACAUGCAAACAUUUUGCCUUGGAAUUUUUAUACUUUUGGAUCAAUAAGAGUAGAGGAGACCAAAGAAUCAAAAUGCUGAAAUCGCUUAAGCGCCAGUUUCCUUCCGCUUUCGCACCUUGUGGAGAUUCCGAAGUAAAAAAAUCAACAUAUCUCAGGGCAAAGCCUGUUAAGCUAGAAAGUAAAACUAAUCGAUCCUUGCCCAACAUUUGGGCUGCCUUUCCCCACCUCUCUAAAAUCAUCUGAGAAUCUUCACCGCUGCAAAAAAAACCCUAGUGCUCUCAUUUUUUGCCAUAAUAGUAAAACUUAAGACGAGUAUUUUGGUUUUGCCUCAAAAUCCUCUCUAACUAGUUGUCGAAUUUCACUUUUUUUUUAAUUAAUUAUUUUUGUGCCAAAACUUUUGUAGACGAAAAAAGGAAACAUUUUUUUGGGGGAAAUGUUAAUGUAAGGGAUAGAGAGCGCAAAAUGCGUGGAGCUAAUUAAUUAAUCAAUGAUGACGCGUAAAUAGAUCUAAAGAUCGCAACCUCUGUGGCUAACAACUGCAUGGGUGGCGGCGAACACCAGCUUCAUUCUGGGCCGAGCGGCCGCCUCGACCGCCAGACGCAAUUCAGCCGUUUACUCUUUGGAGUAAAUGUUCUUUCGGUGUCUGCAAAAUGCGUGUCUCGGCGUGUUUUUUUUAUAAUUUUCGAGGCAGCCGCCGGUCCACCUACAGGCUGGUCAAUUGUAUUGAGGUAAUUAAUUAAUUAGUGCAUGCUAAGAGUAACGAGUCUUAAGUCAGCAAGUAAGGAAUUGCAUGUUGUAAUUUGUGAUUAAGCGCAGCUUUAUAUAAUCAUCCGUAUGGGUACUUGUAAUAAUCAAAAGUCUAUUAAUUAUAUACAUACAAAUUUGUAUUCAAACACACACUACACACAAACACGCUCUUGACGAGUCGAAGAAAAAUUUAUCACGUAUUUUUAUCUAUAAUGUUUUGAUUUAAUAAUUUGAGUUUUAUUAAUUUUGCGAGAGGAUAGCGGUGUAUAGUCUGUUGAUGAUUUUUUUUUCUCUUUUAGAGCAGAUGCCGAGUGGAGAUAAAAAUAUUUGAAGUGCGAGUUAUUUAUUUAAAAUGCAUACAACAUGAUAGGUAUAGCGAGUCAGUGGAACAGAAUGAUUGUUUACACAUAAACACGUAAUGAUUACAAUUUAUUAUCCUAUAUUUACAGAGAUACAUUUUUUUGAUUAAUAUUAUUGUAAUUUCGAAUUAUGAUAAUAUUAACUUUUAAUUUUUAUACACAAGUGAGAACAUAUGUUGAUGAAAUGUUGUGUAGCAAGGAGUUUUUUGUAUUAAGAUUUUGAAAAUAAAGAGUUCUAUCACGAAAGUGCAAAAAUUA